AUGGCGUGCCAAAGCUGCAGACGACAGCUUACGCUGCUGGCGCGACAAGCCAACACCUUCGCAGAAAUCCAAAAUAUCCAAAGUGUUACCGCGAUACAACACUUCACCCCUCAUACCUUGAAAAUCCAACCUCCGUCACUAAGCCAGAAAAGGGGCUUCAGCAAUACACCUCGCCAACUAGGCAUCCGCGAAACCUUAGCCAAAGUCUUCUCCCAGACUGCCGAACCCUACCGCAUUGUCAGUGCUACCGAGGCAAUAUACAAGACAUGCGCUGCUGAGGCACUGUACACAAUACCCGAAAAAGACAGGAAGAAUGACACGAUAAAGAAAACGGCAGAAGGCGAGGAUAUAGGAGAUGGAAAUACAAUGUGGCACGAGGAUUUCAAACUGCAACCAACAUUCAGCACAUGGUCGCAAGUAACGAUGCUGCACCUGUACCUCGUGUUCGCCCGACUGCGCAAUCUCGAGCGCGACAACGCGCGGGCCUGGCAGCGGCAGCUCGUCGACCACUUCUUCUUCGACAUGGAAACGCGCAUGGGCCUGAUGCACGGCAUCAGCUCUCGCGGCCUGCGGCACCGGUACCUCAAGGACAUUUUUAUCCAGUGGCGCGGUGCGAUCGCGGCCUACGACGAAGGCGUGAUAAAGGGGGAUCCCGUGCUGGCCGCAGCCGUCUGGCGCAACAUAUUCAAGGGUCGCGAGGACGUCGACGUGCGCUCUGUCGCCGCCAUUGUCAGCUGGAUGAGGCUUUGUUUGAAGAUGCUGGAUCAGAUCCCCGACGAGGCGCUACACCUCCAGACUCAGGCUGUUUUCAAGUGGCCGGCUAAGAACGAGCUUGUGCUCGUCGACAAGCCUGUGAAAGAGCUUCACGAUUUACUGGCACACACACCACCACCGGUUCAUAAGGUCGCUCUCUGA